GUGUGGUGUUAUGAACCAGUAUGAGGUGGUCCAUCAGAUUGGAGAGGGGGCGUUUGGGAAGGCCUUCUUGGCCCGGGACAGGGACAGAGACGGGGGUGGUGAGAGCCAGUGCGUGGUCAAAGAGAUCAACCUCAGAAAGGUACCAACCAUAGACUUAUCUGUGAUGCUCAUCAAAUCAUAACCUGGCCUCUACACAACUGACUGCAUUGUUUUAACCAGUAGACCAGUAAUGUGUUAUGAUCAUUUCCAUCCCCUUUUUUGUUGUCAUUCAUAGAUGUCACCUAUGGAAAAGGAAGCAUCCAAAAAGGAAGUCAUGCUGCUUGCAAAGAUGAAGCAUCCAAAUAUCGUCACCUUUUUCAAAUCAUUUCAGGGUUUGUAUCCAGUCAAUAUGUCUGUGUGUGUGUGCAUGCAUGCAUACGCGCUUACAGUGGGGGAAAAAAUUAUUUAGUCAGCCACCAAUUGUGCAAGUUCUCCCACUUAAAAAGAUGAGAGAGGCCUGUAAUUUUCAUCAUAGGUACACGUCAACCAUGUCAGACAAAAUGAGAAAAUAUUUUCCAGAAAAUCACAUUGUAGGAUUUUUAAUGAAUUUAUUUGCAAAUUAUGGUGGAAAAUAAGUAUUUGGUCAAUAACAAAAGUUUCUCAAUACUUUGUUAUAUACCCUUUGUUGGCAAUGACACAGGUCAAACGUUUUCUGUAAGUCUUCACAAGGUUUUCACACACUGUUGCUGGUAUUUUGGCCCAUUCCUCCAUGCAGAUCUCCUCUAGAGCAGUGAUGUUUUGGGACUGUCGCUGGGCAACACGGACUUUCAACUCCCUCCAAAGAUUUUCUAUGGGGUUGAGAUCUGGAGACUGGCUAGGCCACUCCAGGACCUUGAAAUGCUUCUUACGAACCCACUCCUUCGUUGCCUGGGCGGUGUGUUUGGGAUCAUUGUCAUGCUGAAAGACCCAGCCACGUUUCAUCUUCAAUGCCCUUGCUGAUGGAAGGAGGUUUUCACUCAAAAUCUCACGAUACAUGGCCCCAUUCAUUCUUUCCUUUACACGGAUCAGUCGUCCUGGUCCCUUUGCAGAAAAACAGCCCCAAAGCAUGAUGUUUCCACCCCCAUGCUUCACAGUAGGUAUGGUGUUCUUUGGAUGCAACUCAGCAUUCUUUGUCCUCCAAACACGACGAGUUGAGUUUUUACCAAAAAGUUAUAUUUUGGUUUCAUCUGACCAUAUGACAUUCUCCCAAUCCUCUUCUGGAUCAUCCAAAUGCACUCUAGCAAACUUCAGACGGGCCUGGACAUGUACUGGCUUAAGCAGGGGGACACGUCUGGCACUGCAGGAUUUGAGUCCCUGGCGGCGUAGUGUGUUACUGAUGGUAGGCUUUGUUACUUUGGUCCCAGCUCUCUGCAGGUCAUUCACUAGGUCCCCCCGUGUGGUUCUGGGAUUUUUGCUCACCGUUCUUGUGAUCAUUUUGACCCCACGGGGUGAGAUCUUGCGUGGAGCCCCAGAUCGAGGGAGAUUAUCAGUGGUCUUGUAUGUCUUCCAUUUCCUAAUAAUUGCUCCCACAGUUGAUUUCUUCAAACCAAGCUGCUUACCUAUUGCAGAUUCAGUCUUCCCAGCCUGGUGCAGGUCUACAAUUUUGUUUCUGGUGUCCUUUGACAGCUCUUUGGUCUUGGCCAUAGUGGAGUUUGGAGUGUGACUGUUUGAGGUUGUGGACAGGUGUCUUUUAUACUGAUAACAAGUUCAAACAGGUGCCAUUAAUACAGGUAACGAGUGGAGGACAGAGGAGCCUCUUAAAGAAGAAGUUAAAGGUCUGUGAGAGCCAGAAAUCUUGCUUGUUUGUAGGUGACCAAAUACUUAUUUUCCACCAUAAUUUGCAAAUAAAUUCAUAAAAAAAUCCUACAAUGUGAUUUUCUGGAAUUUAUUUUCUCAAUUUGUCUGUCAUAGUUGACGUGUACCUAUGAUGAAAAUUACAGGCCUCUCUCAUCUUUUUAAGUGGAAGAACUUGCACAAUUGGUGGCUGACUAAAUACUUUUUUUCCCCACAGUACUUGUGUGUGUGAUGUUGAUCAGUUUCUCCUGUCUGAAACAGAGAGCACUAGCCUGUACAUAGUGAUGGAGUACUGUGAUGGAGGAGAUCUGAUGAAGAAGAUCAGUAUGCAAAGAGGGGUUAUGUUUACUGAGGAGCAGGUACAGACACACACACACCACAGGAGAUUGGUGGCACCUUAAUUGGGGAUGACGGGCUCAUGGUAAUGGCUACAGCGGAAUUAGUGGAACGGUAUCAAAUACAUCAAAUACAUGGUUUCCAUGUGUUUGAUGCCAUUCCAUAAGUGCCGUUCCAGACAUUAUUAUGAGCCGUCCUCCCCUCAGCAGCCUCCACUGACACACACCACACACACACACACACACACACACACACACACAGGGUUCAAACACAUACUCAUGUAAAUUAUUUUGUUCCCACUCAGAUAGUGGAUUGGUUUGUACAGAUCUGUUUGGGACUGAAACACAUCCACGACAGGAAGGUUUUGCACAGAGACAUCAAAGCACAGGUAUUAAACAGCUGUCAUAGUCAGACAAAAGCCACAUAGAUAUCAAAGCACAGGUACCACUUAUAACAACUUGAUUUACUCUGAUCAUUGUUUUGUUUUUGUAUUGCUUUCCUCUAGAAUAUAUUCCUUACCAAGAAGGGGAUGAAAGCCAAGCUGGGAGACUUUGGCAUCGCUAGAAUGUUAAACAAGUGAGUUUCUAUGAUAGUGGCAGAAGACUCACAGCCAGGAAAGAGACUACUGGUAUUUUCUCUAUGACAGCUGCUGAUUACAGAGAGCUAGGACAUGUUCCAAACCAUGUUAUUAACAUUCCACAUUCCACAACCAUUCUGUUACAUUGUGUAUUACAACUCAUGUAUAUUUAUGUUGUGAUGAAUGUGAUUGGCUAGUACCAUGGAGCUAGCCAGGACCUGUGUUGGGACGCCGUAUUACCUGUCUCCUGAGAUCUGUGACAACAGACCGUACAAUAACAAAACGUAUGUACCAUAUUAUACUCCCUUCUUUUUAUUAAUAUUAAUAAUAUGCCAUUUAGCAGACGCUUUUAUCAAAAGCGACUUACAGUCAUGCGUGCAUACAUUUUUGUAUAUGGGUGGUCCCGGGGAUCGAACCCACUAUCCUGGCGUUACAAGCGGCGUGCUCUACCAACUGAGCUACAGAGGACCACUCACUCUACUCUCUCUCACUCUAUCUAUUGAUGUCUUUCUCUCUUAUUCACACACAGCCUCCGACUGGGCACAGACGUCAGUUCAACAACUAGUUUUAAUUUACAUUUGGUUGAGUUGUCAACUAACGUGAAUUCAACGUGAAAUCCCCCCAAAAAUUCACCAUGUCGUUGGAUUUAGGUAAAGAGAUUAAGAUUAAAUGCCCUUACGUUGAUGAAAUCCAAUUUGUUUGUUAUCACAUAGACUUAUUUGGUUGAAAUGAUGUGGAAACAACGUUGAUUCAACCAGUGUCUAGACCUGGAAAAGUAAAAGCCAAAAUGUCAGCGUUGUGUUUUGGUGAAAUUAGCUACUUUACCUCUACCUAGCAUACCCGCAGGAUUUCCUGUUAUGUGUUUAUACAACCUAAAAAUAGACCCUGUGCUACUUUCUACCAAUAACAUAUGUCGGCGGUGUCUAAUAUAGUGAUAUUUUAUCUGACGAGACACUGACUGACUGUGGGGAGAAGUUAACACAUUUAUUCAGUAUAUGGCCAUAACUGUUGUGUUGCAAACACCUUGCUCCAUCUGACCAACUGAGCAAUCAAAACACUGUGUGACAUAACAUAUUUCGUGUUGGAACUCGUGUGUUUGUGUAAACAGUGAAGCAAGCAGACAGGACUGUCGAGCAUUAGCUAGGCGCUUGAUCAAUCAGCCAUGUGGUUGCAACUACUCCACACAUUUUUUCCAUCAUACUCUCAUUCUGGCUAGGACAGCCUGAAAUCGGUGUCCUCCCUCCAUUAACAGGCACACGCACGCACGCACGCACGCGCACGCACACACACACACACACACACACACACACACAUACACACACACACACACACACACUUUGUCUAGGUAGCUAUUGUUCUGCUUUCUAGAACUGGGCUGUUUUGACACUCGCUGGGUUAGAGAGGGCGUUCCCUGGGUUUCACUGUCACACACAUUUAUGUGUAAUUUCCCCUCUAUUAGCUCCUCACGAAUGGUUUACAGAUCAUCAUAUACAGUGCAUUCGGAAAGUAUUCAGACCCCUUGACUUUUUCCACAUUUUGUUACAUUACAGCCUUAUUCUAAAAUGGAUUUAAUUGUUUUUCCCCCCUCCUCAAUCUACAUACAAUACCCCAUAAUGACAAAGCGAAAACAGGUUUGUAUACAUUUUUGCAACAAACCCCCACCGGAAAUAUCAUAUUUACAUAAGUAUUCAGACCCUUUACUCAGUACAAUGUUGAAGCACCUUUGGCAGCGAUUACAGCCUUGAGUAUUCUUGGGUAUGACGCUACAAGCUUGGCACACCUGUAUUUGGGGAGUUUCUCCCAUUCUUCUCUGCGGAUCCUCUCAAGCUCGGUCUGGUUGGAUGGGGAGCGUCGCUGCACAGCUAUUUUCAGGUCUCUCCAGAGAUGUUCGAUCGGGUUCAAGUCCGGGCUCUGGCUGGGCCACUCAAGGACAUUCAGAGACUUGUCUCGAAGCCACUCCUGCAUUGUCUUGGCUGUGUGCUUAGGGUUGUUGUCCUGUUGGAAGGUGAAUCUGAGGUCCUGAGCGCUCUGGAGCAGGUUUUCAUCAAGGAUCUCUCUGUACUUUGCUCUGUUCAUCUUUCCCUCGAUCCUGACUGGUCUCCCAGUCCCUGCCACUCAAAAACAUCCCCACAGCAUGAUGCUGCCACCACCAUGCUUCACCGUAUGGAUGGUGCCAGGUUUCCUCCAGAUGAGACGCUUGGCAUUCAGGCCAAAGAGUUCAAUCUUGGUUUCAUCAGACCAGAGAAUCUUGUUUCUCAUGGUCUGAGAGUCUUUAGGUGCCUUUUGUCAAACUCCAAGUGGGCUGUCAUGUGCCUUUUAAAGAGGAGUGGCUUCCGUCUGGCCACUCUACCAUAAAGGCCUGAUUGGUGGAGUGCUGCAGAGAUGGUUGUCCAUCUGGAAGGUUCUCCCAUCUCCACAGAGGAACUCUGGAGCUCUGUCAGAGUGACCAUUGGGUUCUUAGUCACCUCCCUGACCAAGGCCCUUCUCCCUCGAUUGCUCUAGGAAGAGUCUUGGUGGUUCCAAACUUCUUCCAUUUAAGAGUAAUGGAGGCCACUGUGUUCUUGGGGACCUUCAAUGCUGCAGAAAUGUUUUGGUACCCUUCCCCAGAUCUGUUCCUCGACACAAUCCUUGUCUCUGAGCUCUACAGACAAUUCCUUUGACCUCAUGGCUUGGUUUUUGCUCAGACAUGCACUGUCAAUUGUGGGACCUUAUAUAGACAGGUGUGUGUCUUUCCAAAUCAUGUCCAAUCAAUUGAAUUUACCACAGGUGGACUCCAAUCAAGUUGUAGAAACAUCUCAAGGAUGAUCAAUUUAAACAGGAUGCACCAGAGCUCAAUUUCGAGUCUCAUAGCAAAGAGUCUGAAUACUUAUGUAAAUAAGAUAUUUAUGUUUUUUAUUUGUAAUAAAUUUGAAAAUAUUUCUCAAAUCCUGUUUUUGCUUUGUCAUUAUGGGGUAUUGUGUGUAGAUUGAUGAGGGAACAUUUUAUUUAAUCAAUUUUAGAAUAAGGCUGUAACUUAACAAAAUGUGGAAAAAUCAAGGGUCUGAAUACUUGCCGAAUGCUCCUGAGUGGCGCAGUGGUCUAAGGCACUGCAUCGCAGUGCUAACUGUGCCACUAGAGAUCCUGGUUCGAAUCCAGGCUCUGUCGCAGCCGGCCGCGACCGGGAGACUCAUGGGCGGCGCACAAUUGGCCCAGCGUCGUCCAGGGUAGGGGAGGGAAUGGCCGGCAGGGAUGUAGCUCAGUUGAUAGAGCAUGGCGUUUGCAACGCCAGGGUUGUGGGUUCGAUUCCCACGGGGGGGCAGUAUAAAAAAAUAUGUAUUCACUAACUGUAAGUCGCUCUGGAUAAGAGCGUCUGCUAAAUAACUAAAAUGUAUGUAAAUGUAUGUAAAAUGAAUGCACUGUACAUCCACCAUUACCACAGCUGCAAAGUAUCCUUGUGCAUUUUAUAAUGAUUGCUCUAUAUAUUCAACAGCAAUUUUUGACUGGUUCUCUUCGUUCCUCAGGGAUAUCUGGUCUCUGGGCUGUGUCCUGUAUGAGCUCUGCACCCUCAGACAUCCAGUAAGCACUGCUACAAACAAACAAAUGCACACACACUCACUCACACACACACUCACACAACCACACGAAUGCACACUAUCUCAAUAGUAUUUCUCUCCACCUGCAGUUUGAGGGCAACAGCCUGAGGCAGCUGGUAGUGAAGAUCUGUAGGGGGCGCUAUAACCCAGUCUCCACCCGCUACUCCUACGACCUGCGCCUGCUGGUCACUCAGUUGUUCAAGGUCAGCCCGCGAGACCGGCCCUCCGUCAACUCUGUCCUCAAACGGCCCUUCCUGGAGAAACGCAUCAGCAAACACCUGGACUCCCAGGUAACUACUAGGGAAUCCAAGAAAGGGACUGGGGGACCGGCCGGUAACCUUUCUAUAUGUCCCCCCCCCCCCCCCCCCCCCUAUAUGUGCCCCCCCCCCCCCCUUAGGCUUAGAUAAUUAUAAACAGAGGGGUGACUUUCUGCUUGCAGAAAUGAACAUUGAAAUCGUUUUGGUUGAAACGGUUCAACAAAACUUGCACAACCCAAAUGUGCUAACUCCUCACACUGUAGAAGUCUUGUGACUUCUCAUCAAGAACAGAUAUUAUUAGCUUAUGUGUGAGUGUGUGUUUCUGGUUUUACUUCUGGUCCCCACAAGGAUAGUAAAACAAGGAACAUUGUGCCAGUCCACUCAAGAAAAAAGGCUAUUUUAGGCAUAGGGUUUAGGGUUAGGGUUAGAAUUAGAGUUAGAAUUAGGGUUAGGAGUUAAUGGUUUGGGGUUAAGGUUAGGUUUAGGGUUAGGGAAAAUAGGAUUUUGAAUGGGAAUCAAUUGUUUGGUCCCCACAAGGAUAAUAAAACCAACAUGUACAGUGUGUGUGUGUUAUUGUAUUAUUGUGUUAACUUCAGGAUGUCCUGUGCUGUUUCCUCGCUCUGUUCUGGGUGUUUCUAGGUAAUUGAGGAGGAGUUCAGCCACACAGUGCUGCACAGAAAGAGAGCUGCAGGCCCACUGCCUAGAGUGCGGGCCAUACCAGUACAGAUCACCGGUACACACACUUAAGGGACAUAAGCGAAUAGAUUGUAUUGCUGUAUUUCUGUCUGAGUCCAAACAUCCCCUUAUCAUAAUCGUUAGCUUUUCUCAGCAUGGUUUCAGCCACACAGUACCCAACAACAUAGUUUCCUACUUGCAUAGGCUUGGCUCAUAGGCUUGGCUUCACAGUUGCUGUGGUGAAAUGUUGUCAGUUACACCACCUGGUGGUCAGUGUCAUAGCAUGCUCUCCAAUAUCCGAUCAUCCUCAUCAGAAUACAUUCACUAAAACUCUUGGCAUCAAAACCAGUUGCACAGAACUGAACUGUGAGCCCAGUUCAAAGAUUCCUGGGCAUGAAAUGUAAAUGACGUCAGCCGUGUCUCUCAAUCUAAGAGUACAAUCAUCCGGUGAAUGGCAUUAGACUGUUGUCAUUCUAUUUGGAAGCAUGCCAGUGCUGGCACCUGUUUUGUUAUGGUACCAUUAUAGCAACAUUGACUUGACUGGGUGUGCCAACUCAAAAUCACAAUGAUGUUUCAUCACGAUCUGUUAGCUACGUACUGUAUUUAUCUCCUUUUUCUUCUUUUUUGUAACUUUCCAUUUUUUCAUCCUCUGUUGGGUCCAGAAAUAGUCCCAAAAGCCAGAGUCUCAGAGAGGCCUCCUCCUCGGUCGAAGCCUGGGCCCUCGGUGAAGAAACUGCCCCCCAAACCAGAGUGGAAACCCCCUACCAGAGUCAUGCCACAGCACAAAGUAACUCACCUGUCUAAAGCACAACUGUAUCAGUUACUCCUACAGUAGCCUACUACUGUAUAACAGCUACUACAUGAAAGCAUGUUCCUUGAACUGUACCACUGAAAUUCCAUCUUAUCUUAUUCCAUCUAAUCUUUUGGGUUUAUUUUUUUGUUCCUCAGCCAUUUCAUCCACGAGCAGCAGAGGUGAGGGUUCCAGUGGCCAGACAAUAUGGUCAACAGGACCCCAGGUGGGACGGUCAGGCUGAAGUCAACCCUUAUGACCACUACCAUGCCCAGCUGGACGCCAUCCAGAGGAGAUACUCUCCUCUACCUCCUCAUCCUCCUCUUCCCUCUUGUCAUCCUCCAGUGGUUCAUGAGAGACCUGUGGAGCGCUAUGAUGACAGAGAGAAUCGCCCAGAACCUUAUCAAUUGUGAGUGUUCAGUCAAGCAUAGCCAUAAUUAUAGAAUAAUGAAGUGUUCUUCAAGCCUGGUCCUUGCGAGAUACAGGGUUUGCAGGCUUUUGUUCAUUUGUGUGUGUUCGGCCUUCAGGGUGGCUGCUGCUCGUAAUGAAUACCUCCAGAGGAGACAGGAGGCCAACCAGUACAAGCUGAGGGCAGAGAAACAGCUGGUGGGUCUCAGGCUGUAUUACGCUGAAACAGCCAGCUAUUUGCUGGCUUCUGUUAAAUACUAGAAAAACUGGAUAUGCUGCUGAUUAUUAGUAUUUUUAUCUGUAAAUCUGAACCCUGACCCUUCCCAUUUUGACUCCCAGGGCCUGCGGCCCUCCACAGCAGACGCUGAGCGUUACAGACAGCCUGAGCAGGACCAGGGGGUAGGGCGACCUGCACACCCACACACACCUCACGACAGGAGGCAGGAUGGGCAGCAGGUAAGACGGAAUGGCAGGAGAAUGUGCAGAAAAGUGACUUAUGUGAUUUAUUGUUUAUUUGUCAAGCAUUCAGGUUCAUGUGUGUAUGUGUAGGAGUAUCUACGGAAUUUGCAGCACAUCAGACAGCAAUAUUAUAAUGAGAUGAGAGAUAUCAGAAUGAGAGCUGACGCUGAGGUAAAGACGACAACAUAUUGACAUAAAGGUUUCUCUGUCAUUCCAUAUGCCCUACCAUUCUUUAUCACAACUACGUGCUAUCUGCAUAACACCACUGCACGUUUCUAAUACCAUUCUCACUGUACCAAACACAGAUUUUGCCAGAAUUUAAGUCUAUAUAAUGACAUUGAUAUUAACAGAACAGCCAUAUCUUUUCAGCCCCAGCCACAAGUGAAACCAGGCACGUACCUGGUAGAGAAGCCCAGACACAUAGAGCCACCAACACAUAGUGGAGACCAGGACAGAGACAGACCCCAACCUGACCAGGUAAGAACAGGGGCUUAUUGCGAACGUUCACAUAGAAAUCGAUUGUGUAAAACAGAAGUCUUGCAUAAUAAAUAAACAUUUCAGCUCUAUAUCUUACAUUUCUAUCUGCAACAUUUAGGACAUUGAAGGAGCCCUGAGACAGAUCAGGCAGGAGAACAGACUGGAGAGGAGAGAACUACAGAAGAAGCACAAAGCCAAGAAAGCUAUCAUGUUUGAGAUCAAGUUAAAUGAUGAAAGGAUUCAAGAGGAUGAAGAGAAAGAAAAAGAGGAGGAGAAGAGGGACGAGGAGAGAACAGUGGAGGACAAAAAGGAAGAUGAGCAAGAGGUAAAAAAUGACAUGUUACCAUGUUGCCUGAGUGUGUAUGUUCAUUUCAAUGUGGGGUCUGACUUCACUUUGGACAAUGGUGGGGCUCUCAAGCAUCUCACUAUUUACCCGGUGCGUGUCUGUGGGUGUGUGUGUCUAGGAGGAGGACCCACUGAACCAGACCCUGAGCUUCCAGGCAGGGGAGGAGCUGAGGCACAGGGAUUGGUCCAGGGCAGGAUUGGGGGCAGGGCAGGAUGAAGGCAUGCCCAGGUCAGAGGUGAGGAAGGGGUGGGGCCAGGCAGCACCACAGACCCUACUGGACGCCCUGGCUGAGAUGGACGUAUCAUCAAUGUGUUCCACUAUGGCUGUGCCUGAACUGGGUGAGUGGAAGGGACACAAUGGGAGAAUCUCAAUUGCGAACUCCUCGCAACCUCUCCUCUCUCCUUGCCUCCUUCUCAAAACCCAUUGGAUGAGAAAACCAGCGGUCCCUUCUCCUCCAAUGGGUUUUGAGGCAGCAAGGAGUGAGGAUGUGAGGAGUAUACAAUUGAGAUACUCCCACACACACACACCACUGUGAUUUAGGCCAGGAUUCAUUUCGAUUCACAUUAGAUCCGCCUUAUAGUGUGAUUGACAUUUAAAGGUAAUAUCCGAUUGAGCUGACAUAUACAGCAUUUACCAUGAAUUCAGUCUCCGCGAACACAGGAGCAUUGCCUUUAAAAAGUGCAUAGCCGAAAAGGGUUGAUUAGAUUGAAUCCCGGCCUUAGGGAGAUUCUCAUUUGGGAAAAGUCUGUCCUUUCCUCGACUCCUCUGUCCUCUCUCCUUCAUGUCCCAGAAACCGGUAAGUGGUCAAGGAGAGUGUCAAUUCGUUAGUAGGCGAACCGAGGAGCAUGCUUCCCUCUUCAAUUACCUACUUCGGCAAAGGAUCCACAAGAGUAUCCUCCCGGCACCAAGUGCGGACGUGUUUUUUAAUCCGCCACACCCCCAUUGAAUCAGCUGUCGUUUUCUUUCAGGAGAAAAGCUUAAACAAAUGUAAAAACAAUACGCUACUUAUCCUUUAAUCUAUAAAAUGUCUUGGACAACUAACUUCAUUUGUUUUUACGACUUACACAUUUAUUUUGGGAUUCCACCCUGUAAAUAUAAUUUGCCUGAUAACACGCGAGUGUAGAAGGAUAGUCUAAUUUCAUACAAAUGCAUUUUCAACCACGUUCCCUCUCCUUGCCGCCACUCCUCGAUUACAUUCAACCUUUUUCAAAAGGAGGCGAGAGAGGACGCAGGAGUUGAGCAAAACCAAUUAAGAUUCUCCCUUAGUGUCAGUGUUCUGCAGGGUCAGUGCGGUACUCUCUUCCUUCCCCCAGGUGACGCUGCAGAUCUCGAGGGGAAGGCAAUAGGGGUGAGGAGACAGUGGGGAGAGGGUCCCCCCAACACCCUGCUCCAUGCCCUGGGCCAGGCUGAGCUAACCUCUACAAUGGACUCCGUAACGCCAGGUCAAACACCUCUUAGCCUUGAACCCAGGGUUUUAGAUUGAUAGGGAGAAUCUCAAUUGCAUACUCCUCGUGUCCUCUCUCCUCUCCUCCUUCUCAAAACCCAUUGGUGGAGAAUGUCACAGGGAAGGGACCUCUGGCUUUGGGUUUUGAGAAGGUGGCGAGAAGAGAAGACGUGAGGAGGAUGCAAUUGAGAUUCUCCCCAGGUCUAGGAUUCUCAUAUAGGAGAGCACAGCAAUACGAGACUAGACACCUUUCUCCUUCCCUCUUAGAACCAUUGACUGAGAAAGAGGGAGCCGAGGCAGAGGAAAAAGCGGAGGAGGAUGAAGACUCGGAUGUGGAGAUGGACGAAGAGCGUCUAGAGCCUAGGUCGGAUGAUGACGACACGUGAGUGUGACGCUGGGCUGAUACUGACAAUGUGCCUGUGAUACUAGGCCAAAUGUUAUAACAUUUAAUUAUUCCUACAUUUUUCAAUCUUUCCUUCCUCAGGAACUUUGAGGAGUCUGAAGAUGAGCUGAGAGAGGAGGUGGCAGAGUCGAUGAUGAACCUUUUUAUAAUGGAGGAUGGAGAGAGUGUGAAAGAGGAGGGAGGAGAGAAGGUUGUAACAGAUGGAGUAGUGGGGGAAAUAGAGUUAGACAGUCAGGAACCUGUAGAUCUCCAGCAAAUACACCCAGUGAUAGAGCCCACUGGUGACACCUCCAUAGAGGGUAACCCCUCUCAGACUCAAGCCCAAGGUGCAGGGUGUGAAACUCGGGCAGAGAAACCAAGGGAUGCCCAGGCCCAGACAGAGGACUGUGAGGCCAAUAAGAAGCAACAGCCGGAAAAUGAGUGUUCAAAUUAUUCUUUACUGUGAGAUUUAAGUGGAACGAUGACAAGGACCUUGGAAAUGGUUGCCUUUCUACAAAAGACAGGUUUUGAGUAAGCUAUCCUUAUAAUUUUCAGCAACAUAACUUGCAUAUAUUUUUUUCUUGGCUAUAAGUAGACGUCACAGGAGGUUGGUGACACCUUAAUUGGGGAGGACGGGCUCAUGGUAGUGGCUGGAGCAGAAUGGUAUCAAAUACAUCAAACACAUGGUUUCGCUACGUUCCAGCCAUUAUUAUGAGCCGUCCUCCCCUCAGCAGCCUCCACUGCCAACCUGUGGCAAGAAUAGGUAUCACUUGGUACAAACUUUAACCUAGUAGACAUGUCUUACAUUUUUCUAAACUGCAGGUUUAAGUUUGGACCAAGUGCUACCUAUUCUUGCCACAGGUUGGCAGUAUAACAUAAGCAGGCAUUGACAAGAAGUCAAGUAUUUAGGUGUUGAAAAUGUUUCAGUAUUGUUGUUACAUGGAGCAACUUCUAAAGACUAAAAAUAAUAAAGUACAACAUAAGGUUGAAUGUUUUAUUCAUCAGAUAUAUAGGAACAAUACAUUUACUUUUCCAAAAUAAAGCAUUGUUUGUAUAUUUACGUUUCUGCACAUUUAAUCAGUAACAUUUCUGAGCCAUGGUCCCUUACAGAGGGGGAAAAAAAGCACACUGAGAAAAAAAAUUGCACAAUGAUAUUUGGUCAUUCUUCGCCAGUGAAAACAGUACAGAAACCUAAUCGUUCCGGAUCAAGUGCUUUUUGAGUGUAAAUGUAUAAAUAGAAUGUCCACCACCUCACUUCACUGUAACUCUAUCAAGACAGUGCAGAUAAGACAAGCAUCCUUACUUAUUCAUAUUAAUAAAGCCAGCAAAGCUCCGAUAGACCAUCAGUGUUCCAACAUUCAAAUUGAUACAACAUUCUCUGCCAAUCAGGCCUGUGAGUGCAGCAGAGCGGAGGGGUUUCAGUCUGAGGGGGGAGUGAUUGGUCUUCCCUCAUCGCUGCAGUGUUCCAAUCAGAGGUUCCAUGGAAGACAGGAAGCUAGCAUCAAACUCCUGGUUGGAGAAACGGUCUACGGACCGCCGGGCGUUCCGCCGGAUCUCCAGCCGUGCCGACGACGACAGGGUCAGGAUGGUCUCCAUGGCGGUGGCA